AUGCUUUCAUCCGAUCUUCAUCACUCCUUCCAGACACUUCUGAGAAUGGGGGCAGGAGCAUUAGCCAUCUGCCAAAGCAAGCCGGCCGUGCGGCUGAAGGAAGACAUGAAGAAGAUCGCCGCCGCCGCUGCCCCCCUGAGCAGGCGGAGGGCCAGCUCCUGGCGGAAGGUCUUCGGCGUGGGGCUGGCGGAGCUGCAGCGGCAGGGGCUGAGCCGGGACGGGGUCCCCACGUUGGUGUGGGACAUAGUCGAGUACCUGACCCGCCACGGGCUGGCACAGGAAGGUCUUUUCAGGGUGAACGGUAAUCUGAAAACCGUGGAGCAUCUGCGAGCAAAGUACGAGAACGGCGAGGACGUUGAGCUGCCUGCAGAGGGUGACGUGAGCUCAGCCGCCAGUUUGCUGAAGUUGUUUCUGAGGGAGCUGCCAGACGCAGUGAUCACGUCGGCGCUGCAUCCCAAAUUCAUGCAGCUUUAUCAAGAAAAGCAAAAUUUUGGCCUGAACGCAAAUGCUUUGAGAGAGCUCCUGAGGCAGCUUCCCGAGGCCCACUAUUGCCUCCUGAAGUACCUUUGCCGGUUCCUGAGGAGAGUCGCUGAGCACCACUCUGAGAACAGGAUGACGGUUUCCAACCUUGCGACCGUUUUUGGACCAAACUGUUUUCAUGUAUCUUCUGGAUUUGAAGGUAUGAAGGAGCUGGAAAUCUGCAACAAACUCAUGGCCCAGAUGCUGGAAGACUAUACCUCUUUGUUUGAGUGGCAACUCACAAAGGAGGAGAAAGAAAAGCACCCAUGUGAGGAAUUAGCAAAAAUUAUAUUGGUGAAAGAGGCCAGCUGCCAGCGGAACCUGCCAAUCAUUCUGAGCAGUUAUGAAAGAGAAACGCCAACGCCUAGCCCCAGAAACAAGAUCACAAAGUCGAAGCAAGAAAGAUCUUCUGUGGCACGCACAGUGCCGCAGCCCAUGCUGUCAGAAGGAAUUCCCAGGGUUAGCAUCCACGUAACCGGCAGUUUUUGUUCAGAGGAGAUGGAUUUAGCUGACGAAAUCUCCUUCGUAAGCAGCUCUACAUUCUUCACCAGCUCUCAAGAGGAUGAAAGACCUAUGUCGCCCUUCUAUCUGAGUGCUCAUGUGUCCCAGGCCAACAACAACAGUGUCCCUGCUUCCGGAGAGUAUUUAGAAAAAACCAUCCGGUCUGCGGUUGAGCAACAUCUCUUCGACACUCAUGGAUCCGGAGGACAAAGUUCUGAGGAUUCUGAAUCGGGAACCUCCUCGACCUCGUCAAACGUGUCUGCCCGGCAAAGGAGGCGGCAUCAUAAAGAGCAGGAAGAAGCACGAAGGAACAGAGAUAUGGAGGUCAUCAAUAAAGAGAACAUUCCUUCUGGCUUCAGCAGCAUUGAAGAAUGUAUGCUGACUGCACAAGAUGUUGAGAAAUUGCAAGAGAACAGCUCCGGGUACAUUGGAGAAAGGAGCAAACCCAAGCGGCAGAAAUCCAGCACCAAACUUUCUGAGCUUAAUGACAACCAGGAUAGCCCUCUGAUGAUGGAAAGUUUUGGCUCCUCGAGGCCUCUGGACAGAAGAGGACCAGAUGACAUGGAAGUGCUAUCUGAAGACAGCAAGGACAGUGAAAAUGAUGGCGAUUCAUUACGACACUCUCAGAAUUCAAGCAUGAAGAUCCAGGAACAUCCCAGCAUUCCCGAAGCCAAACUACAGAGGAGCCAAGAGGCUGACGCGCAGGAAGAGACCUUCGCAUCCGAAGUGCCUCAGCUGGACCUGAUGGCCUUGUGUAGCGAAAGCAGUUGGGAAGAGCCCGUCCCAGCGUUCUCCUCCUGGCAGCGCGAUGGCUUAGAUUCCGACGAAGCCCACCUCUCCCCACAGGCUGGCCGCCUGAUUCGACAGCUUUUGGAUGAGGACAGUGACCCGAUGCUGUCCCCUCGUUUCUAUGCCUACGGUCAAAGCCAGCAGUACCUGGACGACACGGAAGUGCCUCCUUCCCCUCCCAACGCGCAUUCAUUCAUGAGAAGAAGAAGUUCUUCUUUGGGCUCUCAUGAUGAUGACCGGGAAGAUCUGACUCCAGCACAGCUGACACGCAGGAUUCAGGGGCUGAAGAAAAAGAUCAGGAGGUUUGAAGACAGAUUUGAAGAGGAGAGGAAAUACAGGCCAUCACAUAGUGACAAAGCUGCCAACCUAGAGGUGCUGAAGUGGACAAAUGAUCUGGCCAAGUUUCGGAAGCAACUGAAAGAGUCAAGGCUGAAGAUGUCGGAGGAGGAUCUGGCUCCGGUGAUGCGCCAGCGGAGCAACACGCUCCCCAAGAGCUUCGGGUCUCAGCUCGAGAAAGAGGAAGAAAAGAAGCAAGACUUGCCCGAUAAAUCAACAAAGCCAGCAGUGGAGGUGACGCUGGAGUCCAUCCAGAAGAAGCUCCAGGAGAAGAGGACAGAGGCGAACCGGCCUGAGGACAUUAAGGAUAUGACUCGGGAUCAGAUUGCAGCGGAGAAAGUGGCUCUGCAGAAAGCCCUCUUGUAUUACGAGAGCAUCCAUGGAAGACCGGUCACAAAACAUGAACGGCAGGUGAUGAAGCCCCUGUACGACAGGUACCGCUUGGUCAAGCAGAUCCUCUCUAGGGCCAACUCCAUCCCUAGUAUCGGUUCCCCGUCCAGCAAGCGGAGAAGUCCUUUGCUGCAGCCAAUUAUCGAGGGUGAAACAGCGUCCUUCUUCAAGGAGAUAAAGGAGGAAGAGGAUGGCUCAGAGGAAGACAGCAACGUGAAACCGGAAUUCACAGUCACCGUAAAAUCAGACUUCAACGUGAGAAGUUUCUUGGACCAGCUAGAAGACGAUGCCGACGGCUUCGUUUCUCCAGUGGACGAUCGGAUUCCUUCAAGGGGCAGCCAUGACAUGGGGCUCUCAAACCUCCACGCUGCCUCUAUGCCAGAACUUGUAGAACAGCUUCAACAAGUCAGGGAAGAGAAAAAAAGGAUCCGGAAAAAACUGAGAGAUUUUGAAGACAAUUUUUUCCGACAAAAUGGAAGAAACGUCCAGAAAGAGGAUCGUACUCCUAUGGCAGAAGAAUAUAAUGAAUACAAACAGGUUAAGGCCAAGAUGAGGCUUUUGGAAGUCCUUAUCAGCAAAAGAGAUAUUAGUUCCAAGAUCAUGUAAGGAAGGCGUCCUUGACCUUGCCAAUAGAGUUAAGAAGUUGGACGAGCCAAAGGAAUGAUUGCUUGAAGUACUCAGCAAGAGCCUUGUAUACUGGAGGGCUUUUGAGCAGCUCUCCAUGGACUGAGAAACAGGACGGCAGGGUCUAGCAUCUUUCCGUAGACUUGCAGACUGUUCUUUCUCCAAGCUGGUCACCCAAGCCAGCAGGAAGAAGGGAUUACGAAACAGUUGAAAGAUUCUGUUCCAAAGGGGGGGGUCCUUUGCUUUGAUCAGCUUGCGGCUUCUGAAAUUUUUAGAUGAUCAGAGUAAGAUUUAUGCCUUCUCCAGUGCGUGAAUGAAAAGAGAGGUGAACUCGCCUGAGCUGUCACAAAUCGCCAAUGAUUACCU